AUAUUGCGUUUGAUAUUAAAUCGAAUUAAUACGAUAAAAUAGGGAAAAUUCGAAAAUACCUACAAAAUAAAGACUAUAAGUGGGGGGCUAAUUCAGUACUUUACUGGAAUAUUACCAUCAACCAAAUUGCUGCGAAACCCAAUUCCCAAAAAGGAUAUUUUUGCAGCAGAAAAAUUAAGAGGAAUGGCGUGCAGGAGUGUUUCAUGGCCGCCUUUGCCUACUCUAAGCGAGAAAAGAUCAAAUUUUGCUCCACGUAGUUUACCCCACAAGAAAUUAUCAAACCAGGAUCCGAAUUGUGGCCGUAAAUUAACCUCAAAUCAUAAAAGUAAAAGCCAUCACUUUGUAAUGAAUUGCUUGAACAAUGGAAAAAGCGAUUUUCCUCAGCAGGACCAGCCUCAAGAUGCUCUUCUCAAAGCAAUUUCUGAAGUUUCAAGGAGAGAAGGAAGGGUGGGUCAAGCUACAAUUGUAGUAUUUGGUGGGUCAGUUUCAGGUGAUUCCACCUCUGGGUGGCUUGCUCUUGAUCGGAAGCUAAAUUCUUAUCCAAGAAAGAGGGGGUUUACUGCGAUUGGAACGGGAGGAGAUGACUUUGUGCAAGCUAUGGUUUAUGCUGUGGAAUCAGUAGUUCAAAGGCCAAUCCCUCAAGGACAAGUGAGACAGAAGAUAUCGUCUCGUGGCAAAUACGUAUCUGUAAAGAUUGGGCCCGUUCAAGUGGCUUCGAGUGAGCAGGUUCAAGCAGUAUAUUAUGCCAUGAGAAGAGAUGACAGGAUGAAGUAUUUCUUGUAAAUUAGAUUUUGUUGACAUUUUGUAAAUUAUAAUUUAUAGGCAGCUAUAGAAACCUCACUAAAUCCUAUUGAAAAUCGGUUAUUUUAUUUAACUGGAUCUGUACCUCGUAUAUGAUAUACAUGGUUAAAAUUAUAUGGCCUAAUCUUUAUUGCUUAUUCACACA